UGCCUGAUAUGGAGGGAGGGGGCCCUCCAGACCUAUAAAACCUACCAACCCACUGGAGUUAGUGAGGACAGUCCCAUCCUGCCCGUUACAUUCAGUGCUCCAGGUCACAGACGGCAUGGGCUCUCGGUUCCUCCUGGCUCUCUUCCUCAUCCUCCUGGUGUUGGGAUGUGAGGUCCAAGCGGCCCAGCAGCUGCAGCAAGAUGAUCCAGGCAGUUCAGCUCUGCUGGACAAGGUGCAGGAGUCCAUCUCCAGUUACUGGGACACGGCUAAGGCGGCUGCCCAAGACCUAUACCAGAAAACAUACCUGACCAGUGUGGAUGAGAAACUCAGGGAUAUGUACAGCAAAAGCUCGGCGGCCAUGACCACUUACGCCAGCAUUUUUACGGAUCAGAUCCUUACUCUCCUAAAGGGCGAGUAAACCCCACGAGAGAGGAAGGGAGAACCAGCCCUCGGGCUCUUUGCCCUCAUCACCUGACCAGGAUGGGUCUACAUUCCACUGUUCCAGCAGCCCUCGUCUUCCCGUUCCCAUCUCCAGACUGAAUUCUUUCAGUGAAAGAAUAAACAAACCCAGUUCACUGA